AUGGACCACCAAAAUAAUUUGAUGAGGCAGCUCCUCAACCAAAUAAACUUGACUCAAAACCUUGGCCUUGGACAACAGGGUGAAGAGAAAAGGAUGGAUGAACGCGCCGAUAGGCAGUUCGAUGAGUACCAAGUAGGUGGAGCAGGAGUAAGUAGACAAGGAGAUGCACAACAACGCGAUCAGCUUGCCGACAUGUCACAAGACCAAAGUGCACGAUAG